GUUGUUUUUCGUGUGGUUGGUGAGACUGGCAACGAGGUGGCGGCCCUGACAGCUUGUUGAGUGGAUAAACGCAGUCAGUUGUUAGUGAACAGUCAGGAGGGAAGGACACGGACGGCUCCCGCUCUCCGGCCAUGGACAUCCUACACCAGCACUGUUUAGCUGAAGAAGACGAGGUUAGUGAUGCGGGCUUAGAGAACUUGUGGGAGAUUGAACACCAUAUCAAACUCCCUCCUCAAUCUCCAACACGGCCGCCCUUCUCCACCACCAAUACUGAGAAUUACAAGAGAAAAAAGAGCCGAGGACAUGCUGGCGACCCACCGUCUGGGUGUGUGGCCAUGAUGGACCCGCGUACUGACUCACUGUGCUCCACUACCCCUCUCCACCCCUCACAGCUCCUCCUCGCCUCCCGCCUCCUGCCUCCUCAGGCUGAACCCGGUACCCGCUACCCACGACAAUACGUGACUGAGUCCGGAGCCCGUCACUCGCGUCGACACGUUUCUGAGUCUAAUAUCCAUGACUUGCGACAACACAUGGCUGGGUCCGGAACGCGCGACUCGCGACGCCAUGCAGUUGAGUCCGAAACCCUUGAAUCGAGUCGACACAUGGCGGAGUCCGGUACCCGUAACUCGCGACGCCACUGGGUGAAGUCCGGUACCCGGGACUCGCUAAGAAACGUAGAGGAGUUCGGUAUCCGCGACUCGACAAAACACGCGGCUGAGCUCAACACUCACGACUCACGUCAACACAUGGCCGAGUCUGGUACCCCGGAGCUGGUGUGUGGCGUCACUGAGGCCCGGGCCGGAGGUGUCAAGCCCCAGAGAGAGAGCAGACGCCCACCUGUCCGCCGCCCACACCACCCACCACCAGUCAGGAAGGACCUGAUUGGACCCCCCACCGACUUCCAACACGUUACUCAUGUUGGGUUUGAUAACGUGUGCCCAGACGACACACAGGAAGGUGAGCCUGAUGGUCAGGCCAAGGUGUCCAUCUUGGAAGAGCAGAAAGUACUGGACUCCAGAACCCUGGACUUGUAUCAUUCACGUAAUAAUUGCGGAGACGAGCAGAACCACUGCUGGACCGAUGGUGACACAGAACGCCAGGAGUUAGAGCGAGAAAACCAGCACUGGUCCAGACCCGACAGUGAUCAGCAGAAGGACCAGCGUUGGUCCAGACCCAGUGAUGGUAAAGAUCAACAGGAAGUCCAGUGGGAGAACCAGCCCUGGUUCAAACCCGACAGUAACCAACAGAAGAACCAGCGCUGGUUCCGAACCAGAGGUGGCAAAGAUCAACAGGAGGUUCAGUGGGAGGAGCAGCGCUGGUCCAAACUCGACACUGUAGACGACGCCACCGCACCACUUCCUCCGCCCCGUACAGUGAUCAGUAAGGACAUGAUCGGCCCACCCACAGACUUCCAGCACGUGCUCCAUGUUGGUCCAAACGCAGACGACCUGGAACUCCAGCAGCUGAUGAAGAUGGCAAAUCUUAAGCAGGGAAGAGGGUCCACUGGAAGAACUCCAGAGAGCAUGGAGUGUCUGGGAGAGUUUGAGUACGUGCUGCCCCGACCUGAACCCUCCACACGCAUCCCCACCCCGCCACCACCCAGCAGAGUGCGGGUCCAGGAGCCGCCCCGGGACCCCCAGGUGGCUGGCAGUGAGGGCCGGACACUCUGGCUGCGCAACACGCGUCCACCAGAGAAACAUACACCGGAGUCACAAGAAUAUCCGCCAGGCGUACCGGAAGAAGGCAGAGAGACAGAGAUGUCUUCGGGCCAACAGGCGGGCACCUCUCCAACACUGUGCCGUCCCAAGCCCCGUUCAGGACCUCUCAACGGUGGAGUGAAGAAGGACUUGAUUGGGCCGCCUACCAAUUUCCAGCAUGUGGUUCACGUUGGGUUCCAGUCCUGGCGGCAGGGCAGCGAGGAGCAGCAGCAGCAGCAGCAGCAGGAGCCACCCAUAACAGUCAAAGUGGAGGACCAGUACAGGCCUGACCUCGAGACUCAUGGUGGGAUAAGUGACUUUGUGGACAGUGAGGGGAAGGAACAGCAGCAGCAGGAGCAUCAACCAAAGCAGCAGCAGGAGCAAGAGGCCCAGUGGGAACACCAUCUGUGGUCGACAGCCAGCACUGCCAGCGACUCCCCGCCGCCCCUCCCUCCACCAACAGCUGAGCUCAGUAAAGACAUGACUGAUCCACCCACAACCUCCCUACCUUCCUCUCACCCGCGUCGCGACGCUGUCGGCCAGAAGCUGCAGCGCUUAAGGAAGACGCAGGCUCCAAGGACUCGAAAAUCUGUGCCGGACUUGUUUGAGCGCCGUGAUGCACAGAGGGACGUGAUGGACCUUCCCCAGCAGGACGGGAGACUGCGGGGUAAAGCUGGUGCCGGGAGGACGCGCGCGCCCUCGCCCAGGCUGAGGAAGGACAUGAUCGGUCCGCCCACCAAUUUCCAGCAUGUGAAACAUGUCGGGUUCAACAGCCCAGUGGUCGAGGUCACUGAUGACCACUUCAACGACCCAUCUAGAGCGGACAAGCCAGAACCGGAUGUGGAGAGCCGGAUACAGGACAUUGGCGGAGACCAAGAGGAAGGGCAGUGGGAGAACCAGCACUGGUUCACUAACUGGGGCCAGCAGGAGGUCCCGUGGCAGAACCAGCGAUGGUCCACCUCUGACUGGGUCCUGGAGGAGGCCCAGUGGCAGAACCAGCGCUGGUCCACACCUCGCACCAUGGAGGACGCCUUUCCUCGCACCCCACCACUUUCUUUUGGACUCAGCAAGGACAUGAUCGGUCCACCCACCAAUUUCCAGCACAUCUGUCACCUCGACCGGGACACCGUCCACCGCCAACUCUCCAAAAGCCCAACAAAGGAAGGAGAUGGCAGGACGAACACAGGGGACCCCAGCCAGAGCCAACAACAACAUGACCCCGCCCAGCCCGCUAAGGUCAGGAAGAUGAUCGUCGGGCCGCCCACCAACUUCCAGCACGUCGCUCAUGUUGGUAUCAACACUUCCUGGCAGGCUACCGACCACCACCUUCACCAGUAGUGCAACAGUAUGCAGCAAGCGACUUCAGUCUUAUCAAUAGUACAAAUCAAGAAAGGAUGGCACGAGGCUAGCAGACUGCCUGGGUGACUGAUGCCCCGUGUGUUCCCCUGCAGGAGCGGCCCUGGACGACAGAACCAGCUCGUCUCGGAAUGCCCGGGAUAGUGAUAGAUCGAUCCAACUCGUCCUAGUAUCAUUGAAUAUUCGGGAGGUUAACCAAGCUCGUCUCGGGAGGGCAGUAAAAUGUAUAUAUCAAUCCAGUUCAUCCGGGUGGCACUGGAUGGCUUGGGAAUCGACGCAGUUCGUCCCAACAGCACUACAAUAUUCGAUUGAUCCGGAGUAAAUGUAUAGGAGAGGGACCCAGUUUUGCCUGGUGGCACUGGUAAGCAGUGAUCAGAACUCAAAGCUUCCCAUUCUCAUCUUUGAUCAGCACUCAAAGCUUUCCACUCUCACCUUGGCAGAGCGCUGUCUUGGGGCACAGCGACCCCUCCAGGUAGCGGAGCUGAGGAAAUGGAAUAUCAUCCCCCUCCCGGAAAUGGCUCUUGGGGGACCGGACCCUCAUUCCAAGUUACUUCCCAGUAAUAUAACUGUUAUUUAGCGCGUGACUUCCAUAAUGAUCCAGAGACUCCCGUGUCUAAAGGAAACUGGCUAUUAGAGCCUAAUCAUAUGAAAUUGAAAUAUAAUAAAUGCCUUUUGAUAUAUAAUGUAUUUAUACAUUCAGAUUAUUAGUGCAUGUGUAUAAAAUGUUUAUAAAUUGAA